AUGAAUAAAACAAAUUACUCUCCAGUGUCUGAAUUUGUGUUACUGGGACUUUCUACCUCCAAACCAGGGCAGCAUUUGCUCCUUGCCUUCUCUGUAGUGUUUUAUGUAACAGUUAUUCUGGGAAACCUCCUUGUUGUGUUAACAGUGACAUUUGAUCCUCAUUUACAUUCCCCCAUGUACUUCCUUUUAGCUAACCUCUCAUUCAUUGAUUUGUGUCUUUCUACCUUAACGGUUCCUAAGAUGAUUUCUGACCUGUACUCCGGGCACAAAACCAUAUCCUUCCAGGGGUGUAUCAUCCAGAUAUUUAUUCUUCAUGUCCUGGGUGGAGUUGAGAUGGUGUUGCUCAUCGCCAUGGCCUUGGACCAAUACGUGGCCAUAUGUAAGCCCCUCCACUACCUGACUGUCAUGAGCCCACGGAUGUGCAUUUUACUUUUGUCUGGUGCUUGGGCUGUUGGCCUCAUUCACUCAGUGAUUCAGUUAGCUUUUGUUGUUCACCUGCCUUUCUGUGGUCCUAAUAAGAUAGAUAGCUUUUACUGUGACCUCCCUAGGUUUAUCAAACUUGCCUGCACAGACACCUACAGGAUGGAAAUCAUGGUUACUAUCAACAGUGGGUUCAUUUCCAUGGGUACCUUCUGCUUACUGAUUAUGUCCUAUGUCUUCAUCCUGGUCACUGUAUGGAACCACUCUGCAGGUGGUUUGUCUAAGGCUUUUUCUACUCUGUCAGCUCACAUUACUGUGGUAGUUUUGUUCUUUGGACCAUGCUUCUUUAUUUAUGUGUGGCCAUUUCCUACAGUGCCAGUGGAUAAGUUUCUUGCCAUUUUGGACUUUAUGAUUACACCCAUUCUGAAUCCUGUCAUUUACACAUUGAGGAACAAGGACAUGAAGAUGGUAAUGAGGAGACUGAGUAGUUCAUUCCUAAGUUUGAAGAAGAUCUCCUAA